GAACACAGGGCCUAUAUUUUAGGAGAGAAAUUUGGGCAUUAGUAGCCUACUAGGUUCCACUGGAAGUGCAAAUUGAAUGGCUAGUCGCCUGUUGCUACCUGCAAAGUUUGACCCUGCAAAGACGCCGUAUGUUUGUAUUGGACGAGAACCGAUGGAGACCUGUGAGGAAGAUGGCGGAGGAGCUAGAUAGAGUGCGAAUAUCUGCAGCAGAACUACGGGCAGAAGCUUCAACAUUAAUUAUUCGUCGAGAAAACAUCAAAGACGUACGAGAAGAUGGCAAACGGCAGAGACAGCGGGAGGGGAAGCGCCCCGACAUGCAGCGGUACCAGCCAAGUGUCGGCCACAAACGCACGGAGAGCGUAGAGGCGGACGACGAGCCACCAACCCCGACCACAGCAGAAACCGUGCCAUUCUCGGACAAAGCCAUCGUUCCAAAGCAGGACUCUGAAACUUCAGGUCCACAGCACGGCAGCUCCAAGUCUAGGGUUCACAAGAACAGCACACACCACCACAACAACGACACAGCGGCGUGUAACGAGCAACGCCACCCGCAUGCCGAGAUGAGCAACGUGCGGCUGGAGAGUGCAGGCACGGGCGCCCCGGGAAGGAGAUGCACCCCUAAAGACACGCAAGGGUCCGACCAGGGGCAGCCCGUCUCUCCCAAACUGGGUCGCAAGGCGCGCAAGCCCGACCGCGAGAUCUACCAGGCCGGAGGCCGCCGGGCAAAGGGCGCAAAGGACGGGGGCGGUUUCGAGAAAGGAGCGGCGGAUUCGGAUCCGUUCGGAGCCGGCAGUGAGAUGGAGAAGGGCAGCAGAGAGGCCGAGCUGGGCCACAAGGACGGCCACCAGCCCGAGCCAGAGAACUGGGAGCACGAGGAGAGCAGCAGAGGCGGCGGCGGCGAGACACACCCCAAAGCACGAGAGGAGAAGGGGAGGAACCGGCGGAGCAGGGAGGAGCCGAGGCCCGAGCCUGAGAACUGGGAGCAGGAGGAGAGCAGAGGCUCCGAGGAGGCGCAGGGCAAAGCAAAGGAGGAGAAGGGCAGGAGCCGACGGAGCAAGGACUCUAACAGGAAGAACGAUCAGGGAAGAGCAGGGAAGAAGGAGACAGGUGGAGGAGGUGGAGGGGGAGGAGGAGGAGGAGGAGGAGGAGGAGGAGGAGGCUUGAGACAACCCCAUGAUGACCCAGCCUGCGUGGAUACACUGGCCAGUAAGGUGGAGAGGAUGAGUGUUGCCGUAGACAGGGAAGAGAAGGAAGAGAAAGGGCCGGGUGAGGAGGGGAAGAAAGGAGAGGGGGAGGGCGGCAGGAGCAGGAGGCGGAGGUCUGGCCGAAACAGCGGAGGCGCGCCGGAAACCACCACCCCUACCACCAACUCCACUACGCCUGCAGAAGGCCCAGGUAAAAAGAGGGACAGAGGUGGCCGGCGCUCCAAGGGGGGAGGGGAGAAAGGGUCUCUGUCGGAGGCUGGCAAGAGAGACUCACUGGAGACGGAGAAGGGGAGGAGGAGCGUGGAGUUGGACCUGGAGGCUGAGUCCCCUCGGCAGACUAAGAGCAGAGAGCCAGCAGACAGGCAGCAGAGAGAGCCCGAGCGCUCCCAGCCGAGAGACAAUCGAUCCAGGAAGAAGGAAGGGGAUGGCGACCGAGCCGCCACAGGAGGCGACGCCGACCGGAACAGAGGCGGCGCCAACAGCAGGACCAAAGCAGCCAGCGCCUCCAAGCGCUACUCCAAGUCGGACAUCCGCAGAGCUCGGAAUCGAACCUGCAGCACCAGCUCGGACUGUAGCGUCACCAGCUUCGAUGGACCAGCAGAGGGAGACAGACGCAGGGCACCAACUGCUGCUGCUGGUGGUGGUGGUGGUGGUGGUCGAGAUCGGGGAGAGCCAGGCCCCAAAGCCUCAACGACCCCAACGACCUCCAGCAACCGAGCGGCGUCGGAAAGGGGGAGCGGAGGGCGCUCGGCCACGACCAACCACCACCGGCGGAGGCCCACAAACCGAGACUCCUCCUCCGACUCCCUGGAGGAUUUUGUGUGGGACAAGGGAGGGGGCAGCGCCUCUCGGCGGAGAACGAGAGCCAGCGACGACGACUGGAGUCCGGAGCGCACCCCGGAGAGGUCCACGGCGGUGGCGGCGGCGGCAGGCGGUCGAGGCCGGAGCUCAGCCGCAUCCAGCACGGCCAGAGGAGGAGGGAUCCUGCGGGUGAGCGUGGACAGGCAGACGGGCUCGUCCUCCUCCGCCUCCUCUCACCCGACCCUCCUGACGUCAGGGGAGGACCAGCCGGGUCGCCAGAGGCCGGGCGACGGGCCCCCCCGGGGGCGGGGCAGGGGCAUCCUGGUACUGCCCGCCCACACCGACCUGAGCCGCUCGCCCGAGCCGGGCCCCAAGCUGUUCGGGGUGUCCAAGUGGAGCCGGGGGCGAGGCGGGCGCGGAGGGGCCACGCGGCGCCUCUGGGAUCCCAACAACCCCGACCAGAAGCCGGCGCUGGUGGGCCGCGGCCAGCUGAUCCAGCAGGGCAACAACACGGCCCAGCACCCGCUCUACAUGCUGGCACACGGGCACGGCUACGGUGGCCCGCUGCAGUUCCUCGACACCGACGACGAGGUCGCGGGCGGCAGCCCUCCCGUCCGCAAGGGGGAGCACUUCCUCCAAGGCCACCCCCAGGCCUCCGCCAUGGCCUUCUACAAGUUCCAGAACUCGGACAACCCCUACUGUUACCCCGUGCCCGGCGCAGACGCGGCGUCCAGCGGCGCCACCCCUCCGCGCUACGCCUACCCCCCAUACCCCGUGCCGUACUCCGGGGACAUGUACGCCUCGCCGCCGUACUACAGUAACUACGGGCAGGGCGCGGCAGGGUUUGUGACGCCGGGGGCGGGGGCUGGGGGGCCGCCGCUGUCCCCAGAGGAGGUGGAGGAGCAGGCCAGGGGGGAGCUGGGGAAGCUGCUGAGAUCGGCCCUCUCCCAGGAGCUGCAGCUCAGCAACCUGCUCUCCAGAGAUCACAUCAGCCUGGACGGCCUGGAGCGCAUGGCACAGCUCAGGUCCGAGCUGUUGGCCAUGUACGAGCGGGUAAUCUUGAUGGACAUCGAGUUCUCGGACUCUCAGAACCUGGACCAGGCGCUGUGGAAGAACGUCUUCUACCAGGUGAUCGAGCGCUUCCGCCAGAUGCUGAAGGAGUCCCCCUCAGACACGCCUGCGUACGUGCGGAACAUGCUCUUCACCGUGCUGGAUGAGGGGGCGUCGUUUUUUGACACGCUGCUCCAGAAGCUCCAGACGGUGUUUGUGUUCAAGCUGGAGCACUACAUGGACGGCAUGGCCAUACGGACACGCCCUCUCAAGAAGACGGUGAAGUAUGCCCUGAUCAGUGCUCAGAGGUGUAUGAUCUGCCAGGGGGACCUUGCCAGAUACCGGGAGCAAGCCACAGACUCCACCAACUACGGCAAGGCUCGCAGCUGGUACCUGAAGGCCCAACAGAUUGCCCCCAAGAACGGCCGGCCCUAUAACCAGCUGGCUCUCCUGGCUGUCUACACGAAGCGGAAGCUGGAUGCGGUGUACUACUACAUGCGCAGCCUGGCUGCUAGCAACCCCAUCCUGACGGCCAAGGAGAGCCUCAUGGGGCUCUUUGAGGAAGCCAAGCGCAAGGCGGAUGACGUGGGGCGUCGUAAGCAGCAACAACAGCAGCAGUGUGAGGUGGGGCCGCGGCCGCUGCGAGGCAGAGGAGGAGGAGGGCCAGGAGGGGGAGGAGGAGGAGGAGGAGGAGGCGGCAGGGGGAGCGUGGACGCCACUCGAGAGGAGAUCUGGAUACGACCCAACCAGCAGCCCGGCGCCUCCUGGCCCGAGAGCGAGUCGGGGAAAGACACCGACCUGGACGGAGAGCUCGGCACACUGAGCUCCAGAGAUCUCCAGAAAGGUUUUAUUCUUAGUUUCCUCCACACACAUGGAAAGCUCUUCACUAAAGUUGGUAUGGAGACGUUUCCUGAGGUAGCCAGUCGAGUUCUUCAGGAGUUCCGGGUUCUCCUUCAGCACAGCCCCUCCGCCUUGGGAAGCACACGCCUCCUUCAGAUCAUCACCAUCAACAUGUUCACCAUACACAAUGCACAGAGCAGAGAUGGUGACAGCGAUGGGGAUGUUCGGUCCCCGCUGCAGGAGCAGGCCACAGCUCUGGGCUUGGCCAUGUUCGGGCUGCUGGUACAGCGCUGCUCACAGUUGCUCAGAGAGGCACCCACAGACAUGGUGUGUGUGGAGGGCUGUGAGGCGGGCUCCUCCAGCUGUACGGACUGUGCCAUGCAGAAGAUGGUGCGCGUGUCCUCUUUCUCGGCCGACCUGCGCGAGCUGCUGCCCAGUGCCAAGGUGUGGUCCGACUGGAUGCUCGGACACCCCGAACACUGGAACCCUGCGCCCAGCAACAUGGGUACCAGUAGUCCUAGUGUGUGGAGUUGCCUGGCAGAUCUGUGUAAUGAGCUGGCGCGUGUGUCUCAUGGGGAGGCGGCACUCUACAAGGUGGAGGGUGAUGGAGAGGGCGAGGAGGAGGAUGAGGAGCUGCGGCUGCUGCUGCUGGAGGAAGACCUCCUAUUGGCCGGCUUCGUACCGCUGCUCGCCGCCCCACAGGAGCCCUGUUACAUCGACCGUGCCACCGACAAGGAGCCUUGCUACAUUGACCACACCACAAACAAGGUAAUACACACACACACACACACACACACACACACACACACACACACUACAGGAGCCCUGCUACAUCGACCGCACCACCGACAAGGUAAUGCACGCACCAAACACGCAUGCGCGUGCGUACACACACACACACACACACAAACACACACACACACACACACUAAAGGAGCCCUGCUACAUUGACAGACAAGGUAAUACACACACAUACUAGGGCUGGGCGGUUUUGGAAAAAAUUAGCAUCACGGUUUUCUUGAUGAAAAUUGAUAUCACGGUUUUCUGCACGUUUUUUUGAUAUGCGACGAUUUCCCCCCAAAUCUUAAUCUUUCUGAGGAAAAGAUCUCAAAUUAAAUGUUAAAAUGAGAUAAAAUCAUGAAUUUAAAUUAAUCUCCAUUUAUAUUUAAUCAUUUUUUCAUUUCAAUAAUAUUUUCUAUAAUUUAUAGUUUUCCCUAUCCAACAAAGGGGAAAAUGCAGCAUUUCAUAAAAUAACCUAAAAUCUAGACCAGGGUGUCAUAGAUUUUUCAAGGAAGAAGGGUUAAAUGAUUAUAAGCAGCUGUUUUGGGCUUUUUUUCCAAGACAGCCCAAAACAGCUUAUUUCGUUCUACACCUGGCAACACUAAUGGCUUAUUUGUCGUUCUACACCUGGCAACACAUCCGGCGCCUUAUGCUGCCGCUGGACUAGCGAGUAAACAACAGUGGGACAGAAACGUAACAGACUGAAGACAGACACUGAUAAAACAAACGGAUUUACUUGAUAUUGUGUGCAUAUUGUCUUUGAAUUAAAGUCCAAAUCCAACGUAGAAGGUAUUUUGUCCGGUAGUUUGUGUCAUAUUGCGAUGUGUUUCGCUCCUAUUUUGCCCCCAAAUCAUUUCAAACAAAUAUAGCAAUGUAGCAAUGUAUCUUGUCUGCCAUUGCAUUUGAAAGCUAGGCUACUUUAGCUUAUAAGCAGUCUUAACAGCACUGCGCACACAGUUGGGAUGGUAAUUAAAUACAGUUAAGAAUCAGAUAACUGUUGUAGCCUGUUAACAUAGCACCACAUAGAAUUGCCUUUUAUUUAACUUUGUGAGAUCAAAGGUAGGCUAAAUGAAUUGAAAUGUUUGUCAUGAUUCAUCCAUGCCAUGUGUGUUCAUCAUGUUUCACUCUCACUAGCCUCUAGCGCGUAACCAAUUAUUUUAUUAGUUCAAUCAACAUCUUACAUUGUGGUGACAUUCCCUAGUAGAACAGCAACAACAGUGGACUUAGCAGAGUUGAAAUGAAGUGUCAGAGACUUAUGAAUUAGAAGAAUCUUUGGAAGUGUGACACGGAGUAUGAAGCUCACGCACAUAACAUAGUUAGGCUAUAAACAACAACAACAAAACCGUCUCUCAUCAAAAAGAGAACCUUGUGUAGUGUAAACCGAGAUCACGGUUUUUUAACCGUACACCGCCCAGCUCUAACACAUACACACACACGCACGCGUACACACACACAGACACAGACACUAGAGGAGGCCUGCUACAUCGAUCGCACCACCGACAAGGUAGUACACACACCACACGCUCAUAUGCAGCAAGUACACACACACACAAACAUACACAUAGACACACACAGACACUCUUCAGGAGCUGUGAUACAUUGACCGUAGCACACACACACACACACACACCCAUCACUCACCCAGCCUGAGACAGCUCAGCUCAUCAAAUCAGUUGAAAACAGGAAAGGGCCUGAACCACUUCAACAGUAGAGUCUCCUUUGUCAUCUGCCUUUUGUUAUCAAAUCCAUAAGUGUGUGUGUGUGUGUGUGUGUGUGCGUGUGUGUGUGUGUGCGUGUGUGUG